CCAGGUAAUUUCUUAGCUAUUGAACUGGAUUGGUUUCAGGAAAACGAUCAAGAAAGCUUCAACCACCAAACUACGAAAAAUAUGGCUUCUUGGCCAAAAAACCAGCUUGAAAUGAGCCAGACGGGACAGAUGAUCCCGUUCACAACAUCUGGGUCACUGGUUGAUUAUGUUGACCGAAAGGUCAUUGUAAUUCUCAGGGACGGGAAAAAGCUCAUUGGAAUUUUGCGUUCUUUUGAUCAAUUUGCGAACUUAAUGCUCCAGUGCACCAUUGAACGCCUUUAUGAAGAUGGAAUGUACGGUGAUAUCGAACGUGGUGUGUAUAUUGUCCGUGGUGAAAAUGUUGUUCUCUUAGGGGAAAUAGAUCUUGAACGUGAGUUUGAAGUUGAAAGGCCCUUCAAACCGGUUCUUCCUGAGCAAUUAUACCCUAUCGUUAAAGCUCGGAAGGAGGAAAAGAAAAAGCAAAUUAAAGCCCGAAACAAGGUCCUUCACUCGCUUGGUUUCAGUUCCGAUUUUGUAAAUGACGACCUGUAUUAGACAGAAUACGUUCACUUAAUGGUAUCAUUUAUGAUUAGGUGUGUUUUAUGAAAUUUAGGAUGAACACAUUUAUCCAAAAGUAGCCAGGACAUUAUACUGAUAGGCAACGAUAAUAAUUCUUUGUUAAAUUAGGGGAAUGUCGUGUUUCAAGGAGCGUGUGCAGGUAUCUCCAGAAAGGUUAAAUAUAUAAAUUUACUCAUCAUUAUUUGGCUUAAUAGAAUGUG